AUGGACGAAAAAUCGCCGAAAAAUAUUGGGACAUGUUUAGUUUGCGAAAAACCAGCGGAUAGUCAUCAUUAUAAUGUGAGUUUUAAAAAAGUUUUUUUGAGGGGAAAAGUGUGCGAGGCUUGCUGAAAUUAAGCCACGCCUAUUUUGAGAAUAUUGAAAAUUUUGAACGAAAAGCUCAUGUAUCAGGAAAUUUAAUCAGGAAAAUUUUACUGUUUCAAAAUUUUCAGAAAUUUCCUGCAAUUAAUUUUUAACUGUUCGGAUGGAAUUCUAUGUUUCGAAAAUAGAAAAGUGUAUAUUUUUCAAAAAUUAUUAGAAUUCAUUUUUUUGAAUUGAAGUUUUUGUAUAAAAUUUCAAUUUUUCAAUUACUGAAACAAAUUUCUUGUAUCAAAAAAAUUCACUGUUUCAAAAUUUUCAUAAUUUUUUUGUAAAAUGUUUUCGAAAUUCUGCAGACUCUGUGAAGUUUUAAAAUUCGCUUUGAAAUUUUUUUCAUAAUUUUUUUUGCAUAGAAUUUUCAACUGCUCAAGUACCUAUUUUCCAUUUAAAAAAAAUUCAGAAAUUUUUCUUUUUAUCCUUAUUUUUACUGAAAUUUCCUGUUUCAAUUUUUGAAAUUUUCGAUUUUUUUUAUUGAAAAAAUUCACUGUUUCAAAAAUUGCAUAAUUUUUUUGCAAAAAGUUUUCGAAAUUCUGCGGUCUCUGUGAAGUUUCAAAAUUCCCUUUGAAAAUUUUUCAGAAAAUUUUUUCAUAAUUUUUUUUUGCAAUUCUAAACUACUCAAGUACCUAUUUUCUCCAAAAAAUUCGGAAUUUUUCUUUCAAUGAAAAAAAAAUGUCAUCCUAAUUUUUUAAAGAAAUUUCCGGUUUCAAUAUUUGAAAUUUUCGAAUUUUUUUUAUUUGAAAAAAUCACUGUUUCAAAAUUUUCAUAAUUUUUUUGCAUCGAAUUUUUUUUUACUGUGUUGAGAUUGCUGUGUUCAUAAAAAUAAAACUGACUUAUUGUAACUUCCCACGUCAUAGUUAGACUGAAAAUACACUUUUCUGACUUGAAAGUCAAAUUAAUCCGAUAUUCAAAUGUGAGGGCAGAUUAGUUGAACAACUCUUGAUCGAAAAAAAAUGUGCCAGAACUUUGUUCAAAAUUUUUUUCCAGAUUCUCUGCUGCCACGGUUGCAAAUCCUUCUUCCGCCGCGCGAUUCUCAUCAAAAAAACCUUUCCGGAUUGUUUCCGCGGCUCGAAUUGCUACACAAAAUCGGCGAAGAUUUUGAAUUGUCGAGCUUGUCGAUAUCAAAAAUGUUUUCAAGUUGGAAUGGUGGCGCAGUUUGCGACAGAGAGGAAGAAUCGGAGUGUUCAGGCGGUGGUGGUAAGAUCGGAGGUGAGUAUUUUGAAAAUCUAAGAGUCGCGGUAACUCAACUUAGGUUCAAAAUAAGUUCAGAGCCCAUUUCAGAACGAAGAAAUGCUCAACAUCAUCAAAAACCUAUCAAUCCUUGAUUUCGAGUUGAAUCAAAUCCGCAACUCCGAAUUCCACCCACUCUUCCCUGAUUCCCUCAAAACCAUCGUCAAUUCCACAUCAAUCAUCGGAAAUGCUCAAAAAUAUCAGCAAAUGACUGGAUGGCCGUUGGAAAUUGAAGAAUUCAUAGGGAAGCAGAGAUUUUUGAGCAAAAUGAAGUUUGAGGCUGAGUUGGGCAUUGUUCAGGAGCAAGAAGUUAGGAUAAAUACGUGAGCUGAUUUUGGGGAAUUAUUUUAAAAAUUAUAGAUUUAAAAAAUUUCAGAAAAGAUUGGCUACCUUUUGACAUGCUUUUGUCAAUUGAAUACACAAAAACCUUCCAAUUUUUCGGCGAAUUGAGCACGGAUGAUCGAGUUAGCCUAAUUCAAAAUACGGGGCUGAUGUGUUUGGCGAUAACCAGUGCUUAUAGUUCAUAUCAGAGGAAGAAGGAUAUACUUCAAACACCUGAUGGAAUUUGUUUAUCCGGACCUCCGGCGAUGGUUGGGAAGUUGUUUGAUUGUUUUGUUGGGUAUUGUGAUGCGUGUGAAGGUGUCAGGUUAGGAGGUUUGGGAGGGGAAAGAAGGUUGAGAAAGGUAACAUGCGCUCUACUGCACACUCGCCCGCGAAAAUGUUUUUUUUUAAUUUUUUGCGUUCAAGAGAAUUCAUGAAAGUCUUCAAGAUUUCGUGCUGAAAUUGAACUUUAUCCUAAUUUUUAGCAAAUGGAAAAAUGAAAGAUUCAAAUUCCCUCCUUUUUUGUAUGUGUUUUGGCGCGGCGCGGUCUGCGUUGCGUGUUUUUUAUUUCGGUGGAGCGCGUGAUAUUUGGAAUUCAUUCCGGAAAUUUUUUAAAUAAUUUAUUUUUUCUGAAGAUGAAAGAUAUUUGAAAUAAAAAUCUAGAAUUUGAAAUUUUUUUUACAAAAUUUUUGGAAUCCUGGUUUUUUGUUUAAUGAAAAUUUUCCAACAAAACAUUACAGUAACCCAAAUACAGUAAUUAAAUUAGAAUGCUGUGAAUAGUUUCUGAACUUUUUAUGAAAUUCUACAGAAGCCGACCUACAGUAAUAUUUUCGGUCUACAGAAGCCCAGAAAAAAUACAGAAUCUUAAAAUUUCCAAGUCUUGAAAUUUGAUCUACAGUAUACUAUGUAUAAUUUUCAGAUUUACAGUAAUCCAUAGAAAAAAAUCUGAAAAUUUAAAUUUAUAUUUUCCACGUGAUUUCACGUUAUUUUUUUUUCUUCUAAAAAUUCAUUUCACAGUUUUCCACUUCAAAAAUUUCAGGGAUCCGCCAGUCAUUGAAAUGCUCAAGAAAAACAUAGAUUGGAGAAUGGGAGUCAAACUAAUCAUUCCAUUAGUUCGAGAACAAUUCAAAUAUUCAGAAUACCUUAUAUUGAAAGCAAUUAUCGUUGCAAAUCCAGCUGCCGGUUUAUCAAAUGAUGGUCAAAAAAUUGUGCAAAAAGAGCGCAAAAAAUUGUCGAGAGCUUUACUUGAUUUAUGUUUUUCGAAUUUUGGAAGAAUCAAUGGUCCCUCGAGAUUUAUUACACUUAUUAGUUAUAUCAAUUUGAUGGAGAGUAAUCAGAAAGAUUUUCGCAAUCUUAUUUCGAUUUUUAAAAUUUUUAAGCCACGACAAUCUUUGAGAAGUUCAUUGCCUGAACAGGUUUUGUUGUGAAUCAUGGAUGUUGAAUAAAUAUUUUUCCACAAAAAAUAAAAAAUCGCAAUAACAAUCAACAAAAAAUCCGACCUCGAUGAGGAAACGUGAUUUAGUUUUGGCUAGACAUGUUUUCAAAAUUGUGCCUAUAUUCUCACAAUAUUCUAGGGAAUCAAAAAUAAUUUUGGAGAUAACAUGUAAUCAUCAAAAUACGUACGUAUCAUUGCUUGUCAAUGAAAAAUACAGAAAACUGAAUUGUUUUUUUUUCAAACACAAACUUGAAUGUUGUCGUGAUAAAAAGCAUCAGAUAUCAUUGAACAAAAUGUUUUGGAUCACUUAUUUUUAAUUUUGAAAAAAACAACUUUCUGAUAAUUAUAAAAUUUGCAUUAGAGCAUCUAAAAAAUUACAUAAAACCUCUAUGACGUGGAAAUCGAUUAGUUAAGCGAGUGAAAAAUGUUGCAUUAAAAGUUUUAUGAUAUGUUAUCAGUGAUCAUUUCUCAUCUCAACACACAUAGAUCAUAAUUUCGUGAGGCAUCCAAGUUUUUUCAGCUUCCUGGAUAGAUUUUGUUCUGAAAAACAUCAACAACAAUUUUCAUCACAUAUAAAUGUUGGAAAAUCUUCUGAAAAAACAUUUAAAAAUGUUUUUGAUAAUUUCAGCUAUUCUAAUAUUCCCAAUUGAUUCAUGUUUACCAACUCAGAGCUCUCAGAUAAUAUUAGCGGAUAGCGAAGUUGAAGAAGGUGAUAUUGCGUCAUUUGAAGCGUCCACCAUUAUGAAUUCUGCCAUCUCCACUACCACAAUUUCAACCACAACUGCUAUCAAAUCAUGGCAUUGCUUAGAUGACACGUGGACAAUGUUUGAUAGAGAUACUUAUUAUUGGUGUAUGAAACCAGUUUAUAAGAGCAUAACUUUGAGUGAAGGAGCAGCGCUUUGCGAAUCAUUACAACCUGCCGCAGUUUUAUCAGGUUUUCAAAACGCCAAUGAAAUCUCAGUGAUGGCUGAUGAAGCGGUAGCCCACGAUAGUACAAUGGAUGACCUGGCAGUUGGCGCAGUUCGAUCAGACGAUUGUAAAACGCAGGCAAGCCUGAACACUGAAGCUUGCACAUCGUUGAAUAUGUUUUAUUGGACUGAUGGUUAUACAACUGGAACGGAUGGAUUUAUUUGGUAUCCAACUACACCGAAUGGAUGUUUCUAUGGAGGUUGUGCUGAGGAUUUCUACGCUUCGCUUUAUAUUCAUCACAAACAGUUGGAUGAUUUGCCAGGAACUCGAUCUAUUGGUGGCGCUUUUUGUGGAAUGUUGGCUGAGUAUUAUUGA